CAAACCUUUCAACCUCUCUAAGUCAUCUCAAAACAUCUGUGAAGAGAAUCUGAAAACUUUGUUUUAUAUUUUAAAGAAAACUUGGAUAUUUUCAAUUUUAUAGCAAAAAUAAUAAAAUCUCUCGUUAGUGAACAAUUUGUCAUUAAAUAAUAUCGUAAAAUAUGGAUAUGGAAUUGAAAAAAGCAUUCACUGAAAUGCAGGUGAACAAAAUAGAGACAACAAAAAAGAUUAGAAUCCUCGAUGUCCAAAUUGACACCCUCAAGAAACAAAAGCAACGAUUUGAGCUGACAUCCAAGGAAGUUGACAAUUUACAAGGAAAUGCAAAAGUUUAUGCAGCUGUUGGGCGAAUGUUUGUAACAAGCACUACAGAUGAAAUUAAAACCGAUUUGAAGCAAAAACAGGAGAAAGUGGAAAAAGUAGUUGAAUCUUGUGACAAAAGCAAAACUGUUUUAAUUCAAAACCUGCAAGAUCAAGAAAAAUCUUUAAGAGAAUUAGUUGAUACCAAGAAAAAGGAGUCGAAAUAAUUUCUCUGUACAUGCAUUUCAUGAAUAAAAAUUUUCAUUUAUUUAAAGCAUUCAUAAA